CCGUCUCUUUGCUUUCUCUCUCUCUCUCUCUCUCUCUCUCUCUCUCUCUCUACAAUGCAGGUCCACCGCGCACCGCCGCACCUCCUGGCGGCACUCCUCCUCCUCCUGGCCGUCGCCGCCGCCACCUCCCCAGCCCGCGCGCUCAACAUCACGACCAUCCUCGCUGGCCACCCGGACUGCUCCACCUUCAACCACUACCUCAGCGUCACCCACCUCGCGGCCGAGAUCAACAGCCGCACCACCAUCACCGUCCUCGCCGUCUCCAACGCCGCCAUGAACGACCUCCUCGCGGAGCACCCCUCCACCGCCACCCUCAAGAACAUCCUCUCCCUCCACGUCCUCCUCGACUACUUCGACUCCAAGAAGCUCCACCAGCUCACCGACGGCUUCGCCCUCGCCGCCACCCUCUUCCAGUCCACCGGUUCCGCCCCGGGCUCCUCCGGCUUCGUCAACAUCACCGACGUCAAGGGCGGGAAGGUGGGUUUCGCCCCGGAGGAGGGCGGCAGCAGCGACGUCGGGGUCUACUUCGUGAAGUCCCUGCAGGAGGUGCCGUACAACAUAUCGGUGAUACAGAUCAGCAAGGUACUGCCGUCGGCCAUCGCGGCUGCGCCGGCUCCGGAGCCGACCCAGGUGAAUGUGACGGAAGUGAUGGCGGCGCACGGCUGCAAGGAGUUCGCCGACGCGCUGUCAAAUAGUUCUGAUGCCAUGAAGACUUAUGAGGACAAUGUCGUCGGAGGAUUAACGGCGUUUUGCCCGCUCGACGACCCCUUCAAGGCAUUCCAACCGAAAUUCAACAACCUCUCCGCGGCAGACAGGGCCUCGUUCCUGGAGUUCUUUGCGGUGCCUAUAUACAUGUCGAUGUCCAUGCUCAGGUCGAACAAUGGGCUGAUGAACACGCUGGCGACCGAUGGGUCGAGGAAGUUCGACUUCACGGUGCAGAACGACGGUCAAGAUGUGACCCUGAAGACCAAAGUCAACACAGUGAAGAUCACAGGGACAUUGCUUGAUGAGCAGCCACUGGUAAUCUAUACACUUGACAAGGUCCUGCUCCCCCAGGAGCUGUUCAAGGCGGCGCUAUCGCCUGCACCAGCACCGGCUCCGACGCCAGAGAAGGCAGCCGAGUCGCCAAAGGCUGCAGCGAAGCACAAGUCCCCACCAGCCCCACCAACGUCGGGGUCAUCAGACGCGCCGGCUGAUUCACCGGAUGGUACUGUGGCCGACCAGACGGCUAAUGCAAGUGUUAGGAUUUGCUGUGGGAGAUUUGGCUUCAUGGCAUUGAGUUUGUUGCUUGUGGUUUUGGCAUUGUAGCCACCCCUUUUCUCUACUUUUCAUUUUCAGGUAAGAGUGUGACUUUUUGGUGUUAACUGGGGAAGCUAACUUUUUCUUUUGUUUUUAUUUUUCAAUUAUUCUUUUUUUUACUGAGUUGUUUUUGAGGUGUUUCUGUGAGCGAUGAAUUGUUUUGAUGGCUAUAAGCUUGGUUUAGAUUGUUCUGUUGCUGAUGGAAAAUAAGAGUGUGGUUACUUGUUUUUCCAAAA